CAUCUAGAGAAUAAAUUUAGAGAAUAUAAAAAUAAUAAUAAAAAAUAAAACGCGUAACAUUUAACGAUUGACGAUGCAUGGCUAUACGCAUGCCAUUGCCGUGGACUUUGAGGCCACCUGCUUUGAGGAUCAACCGGUUCAGGAAUUACGUAAAUCGGAAAUAAUUGAAUUUCCAGCCGUUUUGGUCAAUCUGAAAACGGGCAAAGUGGAGGCCGAGUUUCACACUUACGUGAAGCCCGUCGAAAGGCCACAACUGAGCGAAUAUUGCACCAAUUUGACGGGCAUACAGCAGAGGACUGUGGAUGCCGGUGUGACGGUGCAGUCGGCGCUCAAUCGAUUCAUCGACUGGCUCAAGAAGGAGUUGAAGGUGCGCAACCUUGUGCUGCCGAAGAUGAGCGAGACCAAUCCGAAGGGCAACUGCAUCCUUGUCACCUGGACCAACUGGGACUUUGGCAUCUGUUUGGUCAAGGAGUGUGAACGCAAGAAAAUGCGCAAGCCCAGCUGCUUCGAUCAGUGGAUGAAUGCCAAGGCCAUAUACCGCUCCUUCUACAAGUUUUUUCCCUAUACCUUUGAAAAAGCGCUGUCCCGUCUGCGCCUCACAUUCCGGGGACGUGCCCACUCCGGCAUCGCUGAUGCCAGAAAUUUGGCCAAGCUCCUGGUCAGGAUGCACCGUGAUGGUGCCCACAUGGCGGUCACCACCGAUCUGUCGCCAGAGCUGCAGCUCAACGAGAACGAUGGCUUCUGAGUGGCAGUUCUGAAAACCAAAAACACAAUUAACAUAUUGGUUUAUAGGCACAACUCCACAAAGUCGUCCUCUACACAAAAACAAACUACAAUGCAAAAAGUCCAGAUGUGAAUGGGAUAAACUUGAAUACACCACGAAUUACUAACUAGAAUUACACACACCAAAGGACAUGAAGGACGACUAAGAGCUGUGCCUAUGGCUGAACACAAACAAACAAAGAGACUGAGAGCUGUACCAAAAACUGAACACAAACUCGCAAGCUCGGCAGGUAAAAUGUAAUCGGGUCUGAAGGCUGCCAACAUUUUACAUGCUGCACUAUUAUAUGUGUAAAACACUCCAACGACACACAUUCUCUGUGUACUUAUAUU